AUGGGUAGAAAAAAAAUUCAAAUAUCGAAAAUAACUGACGAACGUAAUCGUCAAGUGACAUUUACAAAACGAAAAUUUGGUCUUAUGAAAAAAGCUUAUGAAUUAAGUGUUCUAUGUGAUUGUGAAAUAGCGCUCAUUAUAUUUAAUUCGUCCAAUAAGUUAUUCCAAUAUGCAUCAACGGAUAUGGACAAAAUCUUGCUCAAAUAUACGGAAUACAAUGAACCACAUGAAAGUCGAACAAAUAAUGAGAUUGUGCAGAUUCUUCAUAAAAAGGAAUCGAAACAUCUUGAUCAAAAUGAUAGUGAUAAUGAUAUGGAAGAUGAUAGUGCUAACGAAAUGGAUAGUAAUCAUCAACUUCUAUCGCUUCAUCAAAUUGAACCUGUGUUGCAUGACUCAAGAAAACGUACAAAUCAAUCUCAACAAUCUGGUAAUUAUCAUCCAUUGUUGCCCAUGGGCAAUGGUAUUGGACAACAACAACAACAACAACAGCAGCAACAACAACAGCAACAACAACAACAACAACAACAACAGCAGCAGCAGCAGCAGCAACAACAACAACAACAACAAAAGUUUUUAUCAGUUCAUGGAACAGCUGGUAUUGAUGCAUCUUCUUCACCAUCCCCUAAUUCAACAUAUUCACCACCAAGCUCACCAAGUGAAUCACGCACCAGUCCUAAUUCAUCAUCUAAACAACAGUCAGCAUCAAAUAUAAAUAACAAAUUUUCAAUGAAUUCAAACAGUGGAACAUCAUUAACAGCAACUUCAUCACAUGCCACACCUCAUCAUAAUGAUUUGACAGGUGGAGGAGGAUCAACUAAUCGCAUCAAUGCUGAUUUUACACUAAAUACGGGUACUGCCGGUGGUGGCGGUGGUAGUGCCGGUGAAAAUAAUAAUUUUCUUCAUUGGCAUGCAUCACCUCGUUCAUCCUUGGCUGCUGCACUUCAAAUGAACCCAUUACCAUUAGGAAUGAUGAAUUAUGAUAUGCAACAAGCUCUAUGCGCUCAAUCGCCGGCAACAAAUAAUAAUAAUAAUAAUAAUAAUAAUAAUAAUAACAAUAACAACAAUAAUAAUAUUCCGAAUGGUAUUAGUUCACAUUUAUAUUAUCAACCGCAGCAGCAGCAGCAAAAUCAUCUUCACCAUCAUCAUCAACAACAACAACAGCAACAGCAACAGAUUCAUCGUACGAAAAAUGAACCGUAUUCACCGCCUAUAUCACUUGCUAAUAAUAAUGCUCGCUCAUCAAUAAAUGAUACCAAUUCCGGUCCAAAUCAUCCGAUAUCAAAAACUCCCAUUCCCUCACAGCAACGAUCAGUUGAUUAUAUGAAUUCAUCUUCAUGUUCAGAACCAUCACUUAAACAUGCUCGUUUUGAUCCAUCAACUUGGCCGAAUACAACUUGA